AUGAUCUCAUUUGGAGAUGUGAAUGAUUGUUUUUCUAGUAUUAUAUAAUCAACGUGUUUCAUAAGUGGCAUAAUUAUUUAUAAAACAAAAUAACCCUCUUGUCUUAUAUUACACAAUUCUUAACAGUGCAACAACUUGUACCAAUAGAGACAAAUGGCAAUUCCAUAAAUAUUCACCUGACACUGGUCUCAAUCUUCGACUAUAAAUACCUUGCUACCUUUCUACAUAUCAACACUCAUAUUUCAUUUCUUCUUACAAAAAAAAAAAAAAAAAAAGAAAAAAAAAACAGUUCAUAAUCGAUUUAAGCGCCGAAAAGAUAAUUACUAUGGAAGAGGCAAGAAGAUCUGGAAACUACGGAACGAGCAUUUGGGAGCACGAUUACGUUCAGUCCUUCACCACUCCAUACACGGAGAAGAAAUACAUAGAGCAAGCUGAGAAGCUGAAAAAACAGGUGCAGAUAAUCAUCGACGAAACCGAAAAUCAUACGCUAGAGCAACUUGAACUUAUCGAUAAUCUGCAGAGGUUCGAUAUAUCCAACCACUUCGAGGAUUCAAUCAAAAAGAUCUUGGGCAACAUUUACCGUGACGAAUUUGAUGACGACGGCAAACACUUGCAUGUUACAUCUCUCAAAUUUAGACUUCUCAGACAAAAUGGAUUUCUUGUCCCUCAAGAGGUUUUCGGAAGUUUCUUGGACAAGGAAGGAAAUUUUAAGGAGUGUUUUACUGGUGAUGUGAAGGGGGUUUUGUCUCUGUAUGAAGCUUCGUUUUUAUCGGUCGAAGGUGAGAGAAUAUUGGAUUCUGCCAAAAAAUUCUCGACUCGUCAUCUAACUGAAAAGGUGAAGCAAAUCGAAGACGCGAUUCUAGCUGAGAAAGUGAGGCAUGCAUUGGAGCUUCCACUGCACUGGCGAGUGCAAAAACUCGAAGCAAGAUGGUUUAUGAACAUCUACAAUGGUGACCCUAUUCUACUUCAGUUGGCUGCACUGGACUUCAACAUGGUGCAAGCCAUUUAUCAGGACGAAAUUAAACAGCUGUCGAGGUGGCAUAAAGAAACCAAUCUUGCAGACAACUUGGGUUUUGCCAGGCACCGAUUGCCGGAGUGUUACUUAUGGGCCGUGGGAUUUACACCCGAGCCUCGAUUUGGGUUUUCCAGGGAGAUUCUGACCAAGAUUGCUGUAAUUAUUACAAUUAUGGAUGACAUAUACGAUGUGUACGGUACCAUGGAUGAACUCGAGAUUUUCACCGAGAUGGUCGAGAGGUGGGAUGUUAACGCAUUGGACCGCCUACCCGAAUACAUGCGAAUCAGCUUCCUAGCUCUUUUUAACUGCGCUAAUGAAUUGGCUUACAAAAUUCUCACGGACCAAGGUCUCAACAUCAUCUCAAAACUGAGAAAAAUGUGGGCAGAAUUGAGCAGAGCUUACUAUAAAGAAGCACAAUGGUUCCACAGUGGGUAUCGCCCGAGCACGAGCGAGUACAUCAACGUAGCCUGGCUUUCGAUUACAGGCCCUGUGCUUCUUUUCCAUGCUUACUUUUGCAUAACAAAUCCCAUUAACACCAAGGAGCUGCACUUUUUAGAGCAAUACCCUGGAAUUAUUCGUUGGCCUGCCACUGUUCUUCGCCUCUCAGACGACUUGGGCACUUCAUCUGCUGAAAUAAAACGAGGGGAUGUUCCGAAAUAUAUACAGUGUUACAUGCACGAAACAGGCUGUUCUGAAGAGGACGCACGCGAGUACAUCAAAAAAGAUCUGAUUGGUGAUCUGUUGAAGAAGAUGAACAAAGAAAUACUAUUUAUGGAUAAGCCCAUAAAGAAUUUUCAGACAACUUCCAUGAAUCUUGCUCGGAUUGGUUUCAGCUUUUACCAGUUUGGUGAUGGUUUUGGUGAACCAUAUAGUGACACCAAGACACAUUUGGUCUCACUCUUGGUUGAACCAAUCCCUAUUCCAUCAACACGCUCUUGAAGACAAUCCGCGCGCACCCACACUUAUUUGUCGGAGGCGAUCGAAUUAAGUAAUUUGUAUUUCUAGCAUUUUUCAUUUUUCGUCGAUCUAAUAAAGAACUGCAGAAGUUCUGUACUAAGUUUUUUUAAGCAACAAUACUAUAAUUAGUUUUUCCAAGC